GAAACCUCGGCCGGAAUCCAACCGGAAUCGGCAAAACCGAGAGAGACAGAGACAGAGACAGAGAGAGGGUGUGAGGGGAGGGGAGGGUCUGUGUCAAGGUCUGUGUGAGGGGAGUGGGCGCGGACCCUGAGUGACUGAGACCCCGGCCCCGGGAUGUGUGACCCGGGCUCGGGCUGAGCCUCCCGCUCCCCCCGGCCGGCGCUGCUCUAAAUCCAGGCCCGAGGCGGCGGGAAGGCCUCGCGGUGAAAACCUGGCAAUUGGCUCCGAACCCGCGGCUUCGACCCGAACAGAUCCCGAAGCGGCCAAUCCCCCGCCCUGGCACGUCAGAGUUUCAGGGAAGAUGUAAUGAAAACAGGAGAGCAGCCUCCAACAUGAGAGUGGCUGGAUGUGACAAUGUCGUAGGAGCUUUCCUACUUCUGCAACUUGAGACCUAUGUUCGCUCAGAAAUCGCUGAGCCGUUUCCUUUAAUUAACGGACGUCCUCAGCCUGUUGUCACCUUGGAGGAAAAUGCUACCAAAGAAUUUACCUGCAGAAUGGACGGCUGGAAGUCAGUGCCCAUUGUUACCUGGUACCUGAAUGGCAAAAAGCAGUUGAGUAACCAGACCAUGCUGAUCCCCAACUCCAGCGAGACUAACAACCAGAGCUUCAGCAACUUUGUGAUUACCACCCGCAGGAAGGACAAGGAACUCAACUGCUCAGCUACUGACCCUGUAACCGGGAAAACCCAGAACGCCAGUGUGAUCCUCAAUGUGCAGUUCAAACCUGAAGUUAUUCGGAUGGAUGCUGAGUACAAGGAACGCAACGAUUCGGGACUAUUCCUCGUCCUGUUUGUCUUGGUACAGGCGAACCCUCCUGCCACCAUUACCUGGGUUGAUGAAAGUGGCCGUGUAAUUGUGAACACCUCCAAUUUCAUGAUCCUGGACACCAAGAGCUACCCUUGGUUGACCAAUCACACUGUCCACGUGCAGUUGUCCAGCCUGGCCAAGAACUAUUCCUUCACUGCUGGCAAUGAAUUUGGUGUGACCAACUCCUCCAUUUCUUUACCAGGUUUUCUGCAUUCACAUGUUGAAGUGCCUGUUUUGGUGAUCCUUCUUGGGGGAGUUCUCGGGCUCCUCACCAUUCUGCUCCUGAAUGUUAUUGUGUUGUGUGCUGUAUACCGGAGAAGGAAGGAAAGAACAGGUGAGACACCAGAUUUAAAACCCAGCUCUGACUCAGCAGUUCACAGUGAAUCCACAAAUGUUAAAUGCGAAGACACACAGAUUCCUAGGGAGAACAUCUCCCUCCAAUCAAACCUGCAGCUGAAUCAGAAUCAGGGCAUCAAUGAUCUGAACCUACCCUCCAUGGAGGCUAAUGGAGCAUCGAGGCAUAGGUCUGAAAACCAGGCAGCCUGCGAUGACCCAUCAGAUCAGGAGAACUUUGCUGCCGUGGACCCCAGAGAAUUUGUUCGAUUCCCGACGUAUGGAUAUAUCUACAAAGUCUCCAGUAUGAGCAGUGAUGAGAUCUGGCUUUAAAUGCAUUCCCCCUUUGCUCAGGUUUUCAACAGAAGAACUGGCCCCAUAACUGUGGGGGUUCAGCUCCCAAACCAUGAGAAACGCGUCGAGGUCUAAUCCACUGGAAACACCCCCAGUUCCCCUGUCACCGCGAUUCAUCCACCUGGGGUCUGCUGUGGCCUUUGACUGAAACAGCAAGUUAAUGAUUGAUUAAAGCACAAGACGCUUCCCUAUGGCACAGUUGAACCAUUCCAACCAUUCACUAAAGAAAUGAAUCACUCAUGGCCAAGUUCCGGGAGAAAGAGAUUGAGGAAAAAUCUCUCUCAGCUAAAGUUGCAGGAAUUGAUCAUUCACUCCAUGCACCCAUCAAAGAGAGACUUCCAAUUGAUGCCUCCACCUGUGAACUCACAAUUCAAGGCCAGAAUGGCAGUGUGAGGGCAAAUAUAUAGCAGGUUCCCCAGGUCUACCUUAUUAAGUUCUGUUGCUAACAGUAAAUACCUAAGAUAAUGGUCUGAGACGUCAGACUGCAUUGAGGCACCAAUGAUGCACAAUCCAAGAAAACACAGGGAAAGAACAGUUGGGAGGUCUGUGGGUUGGGUGUGACGUACCCAAGGAUUUUCUCUAGAAGUAGCUGGAGCCAGAAGAGCAGCGGGACGUCCAAAGCUCCGUUUCAAGGAUGUUUGCCAGUGUGACGUGAAAGCCUUAAACAUCGAUUCUCGUACUGGGAAAACGGUGACAUCACCUGGGGGCUGGUGUCCACCAUAAGCAGUGGCUUGGCAACUGGUGCCAACACCGAAAGCAACAAUCCACAACGGCACCUGCUAACCACCUCACUUGUGACGGAAGCUGCCUCUCAUGGAUUGGUCUCUUUAGCCAUCACCAGGAGUGCAUCGUAUGGAGCUACCCACCAUCGCCAAUGGAUUCGAUUUGCUGCAGGUCCAUCUUAUAUCAAUGAAAAGGCGAUUACAGCAGGUGUGACAUCAGUGAGACUUGUGUAUGUCUGACCUGAGGGGUAUUUAAUUCUUCUCCAAACACUUAAAAGCCGUUCAUGGCCUUCCUGCUUAGCUGGAGAUUAUGAAGAAAAUCUCAAAGGAAUGAGUACCGUCUUCUAAAUCUCAUCCUCCCUCUGGGACCUAGAAAGAAUCAUCACAAAGAGAUUGUCAGCAGCAGUCACACAAACACACAUUUAUUAAACAUCUUAAGAACUGAGGACCUGACUGUCUCUCCCCCUCUAAGGUUGAGAUUGCUCGAUGAAAGACUCCCCUCCGUUUGGACCUGACCAGGGUUGUUUUCUCUCAGGUUCUGUGUAUCCAGAAUGGACUUCUGUUGCCAGGCAACUGUGUGCUGGGAGUUGAGGACUGGCAGACGGAUGUACCGCAUGUUCCGAGUGACCGUGCCCUCCUGCAGGGAGAAGCUCUGCUUUUCUGUGGUUGAAGAGAUUAUAUUGCAGGCAGCAAAUCUGCUAUUGUGAAACACCAAGCCCAUUGUUAAAACUGUACAGCAACCCCAGUGCUCUGUCACUUCUGAUUCUACAUAUGGCCCUUGUCAAGGCGUUUCAAAGCUUUUUGUUGCCUUGGUUACAGUCCUGCAUCGGGUUGCCAAGCCUCCAGGAUUGGCCUGGAAGUUCCAGGAAUUGAAUAUUGAUCUCCAGGACACUGCUGUGUGCAACCCUGGAGAAAAAUCAUCGGGACAUCAAAAAGGAUUUUCUUUGUCAUUUACUUCGAGCAUUUUUCUUUAGCAGAAAUAAAAAUAUUGAAAAUAGUGAAUAAAGGAUGUUUGGCUGACAGCCAAGUAUCA